AACAGAUAUUCUACAGUUUCGUAAGAGUAAAACCCCAGAAAGCAACACCCAAUAUUCUCUUUUUUCAGUGCUCCACGCUUUCAUCAAACAUCGAAUUUCUCUCACCUAAGCAUAGAUUUUUCCUUCAUUUUUCAUUUUUUCCCCCCAAAAAAGCUUCAAUUUUGGUGUAUUAGUGUGUGUGUGAGAGAGUGAGGGCAAAAAAUUGAUGGAUGAUCAGGUGGUGCAGCGAGUAUUACAAGAAGGCGGGCGCGAUUUCUACCAACAGCAGCCUUCAACUUCUGCUGCUUCUUCUUCUUCCCCAUCCAUCCUCCAGUCUCUCCCCCUACAUGUGUCAUUUGAUCAUGGUUACUACUUGCUGGUGAAAUCUAUUCAAGAGCUCAGGUCAAAGAAAGAUGGAGUGGUCACUAUUGGAAUAGGAGGUCCAAUCGGAUCGGGAAAAUCAAGCUUAUCUGAAAAGGUGGCAUCCGUAAUUGGUUGCACUGUUAUGUCAAUGGAUAACUAUCGCACUGGAGUUGAUGAUGGACAUGAUUUGGAUUCAAUUGAUUUUGACCUUCUUGUGCAGAAUCUCGAGGACUUGAUAAAUGGCAGAGAUACAUCGACUCCAUUAUUUGAUUUUCAAGAAAGAAGACGUAUAGGUUCAAAUGUUAUAAAAAGCAUUUCAUCUGGGGUGGUAAUAGUUGAUGGUACUUAUGCCUUGCACGCGAGACUACGCUCUUUGCUAGAUAUACGAGUUGCUGUGGUUGGUGGUGUUCACUUUAGUUUACUUUCUAAAGUCCAAUAUGAUAUUGGAGAGUCGUGUUCGUUGGACUAUCUCAUUGACAGCAUUUUCCCACUCUUCAGAAAGCAUAUUGAGCCUGACCUCCAUCACGCGCAGAUCAGAAUUAACAACAGUUUUGUUUCAUCAUUUCGAGAGCCAAUUUACAAGAUCAAAUGCAAAAGUGAGUCUCAAAGUGGACACGCUGCCUACAUUUUUCAUGGAAAGGAAGCACAAUUUGACAAUUUUAUUGAGAUGUACUUGAGACCCCCUUCUGCAAGUGAAGAAGCACGGAUAAAUGAUUGGAUCAAGGUACGGCAAUCCGGUAUCAAAUAUUAUCUCUCGCUGGGAGAUCAAAGGAUUGUUGAUAAAAAUUACAUCAUCCGGCCUAGAGCUGAAUUUGAGGUUGGCCGGAUGACUCUGGGUGGUUUGCUGGCCUUGGGAUAUACAGUGGUAGUCAGUUAUAAAAGAGCAUCAACCUCAGUUAUUGAUGGCAAUCUUUCAGUGUCGUUGGAAACAAUUGAUACUCUAGGAGAGACCUACUUAGUACUCAGAGGCACAAGUAGAAAAAUAGUUGGAACUGAAUCAUCAAGGAUGGGUAUAACCGGACCGUGGAUCACAAAAUCAUAUCUCGAGAUGAUACUUGAGAAACAAGGGGUUCCACGGCUUAAUACACCCCCACUUUUGUCUAGUGUUACUCCAGUCACUACUCAAGAAAGGUUGAUUGCAGCUCCAAAGCCGCUUCGUAUAGCUCCUAACCUGGUCACUCGAUUUGAGGAUUUACCUCAGCCAUGGACUCGGUCUCCGACCAAGUCUAAGAUGGAACCUGUCAUGGCAACAUGGCAUUUUAUCCCACCAAAUCCUCUCCUAUCUGAUGGAUAUGUCACUGGUCCUCCCUCUUCCAGGGAUAAUCUGCAGCUUGCUCCAAUGCCUGACUCAUAUGACUUGGAUAGAGGAUUGCUUCUUGCUGUACAAGCAAUACAGGCGUUGUUGGAGAAUAAGGGACUUCCAGUCGUAGUUGGAAUUGGAGGUCCAAGUGGAUCGGGGAAGACGAGUUUGGCUCGUAAGAUGGCAAACAUUGUUGGUUGUGAAGUAAUUUCCCUUGAAAGUUACUACAAAACUGAACAAACGAAGGAUUUUAAGUACGAUGACUUCAGCUCUCUUGAUCUGGAUUUACUGUCAAAAAACAUUGACGACAUAAGAAAUUGCCGUAGAACAAAGGUACCUGUAUUUGAUCUGGAGACUGGUGCUCGGAGUGGUUUCAAAGAGCUUGAAGUAUCUGAAGAUUGUGGGGUGGUAAUUUUUGAAGGCAUUUAUGCUUUGCAUCCCGAUAUCAGAAGACGUCUGGACUUGUGGAUUGCUGUUGUUGGAGGGGUUCAUUCACAUCUUAUUUCUCGGGUUCAAAGAGACAAAAGUAGAGCUGGAUGCUUCGUGUCCCAAAAUGAAAUUAUGAUGACUGUGUUUCCAAUAUUCCAGCAACACAUCGAACCACAUCUUGUUGAAGCUCAUCUGAAGAUUAGAAAUGACUUCGACCCAGUGCUUUCACCUGAGAGCUCAUUGUUUGUGUUGAAAAGUAAUAAGCAAGUUGCUUACCAAGAUAUUCUAAAAAUUCUUGAUUCGAGUAAGAUAUGCAGUUCAGUUCAAAAUUUCAUUGAUAUAUAUCUGCGGCUGUCUGGAAUACCUGCUAAUGGACAGCUGACAGAAGGUGAUUGUAUAAGAGUCAGAAUAUGCGAGGGUAGAUUUGCCCUGUUAAUCCGAGAGCCUAUUAGAGAAGGAAACUUUAUUAUUCAGCCAAAAGUCGAUUUUGAUAUCAGCAUCAGUACAGUAGCAGGUCUUCUUAAUCUGGGGUAUCAAGCUGUGGCGUAUAUUGAAGCAUCUGCCUGUAUUUACCAAGAUGGAAAGAUUCUUAUUGAGAUAGAUCAUUUACAAGAUGUCUCGAGUCCUUAUCUCCAAAUUAAAGGGGUUAAUAAAGAAACUGUUGUAGCUGCUGGUUCAACUCUCAAGCUGGAUGGUUCAUAUACCACAAAGAGUUAUCUGGAGAUAAUUCUGGAAAGGUUACCUGCAGCAGAGAGGAGUUCAAAUGGGAUUCAUUCUCAGCAAGCUGCGAGAUUGCAAGAGCUUGUCGAAUACAUACAAUCUCAGGGCAGCAGUUCAGCUUCAGAGUCAUCACCAAGUAGAGAAGCUUCUCCACUGGAAGGCGUUAUCGAGGAGAUGCAAUCCAGGAUUAAACGUCUCGAGAGAUGGCAGGCUAUCAACACUGUGCUAUGGACAUUUCUGAUGUCUGCAUUUCUUGGAUACUCGCUCUACCAGAGGAAGCGUCAAUGAGUUAUUGCAUGUUGAACAUUGAUUCAGUGGAAGCCCGAGAUUGACUUAUUAAAGGAAAUCGGAAGCUGAGACGAAGAAAAAAAAACAAGUUGGUGUUUGUUCAAGGUGUGGUUGGCCAUUCAAAUUAGUUCUUCGAAAUUUGCUUCAACAAUCGAGGAGCUUCACAAUAGAUAGAUACACUCUCUAACCCUCAAUUGAGGAAUAAACAUUGUUUUAAUAUAGUACUGGUAGGUUAGGGUCUAAUCAAGGACGAUAAGCUGAUCUCACCGUCUUUGGACAUAGAUUAUUGUCACAUAUUAGCCAUGUUUUCGAUCACAUAACUUCGAUUAAAUCUACAUAUCAUUGGAG